AUGGGAUCUUCGCGGCGCCCGACCCUGUGUACGAUUCUCCUCCAGGUCUCAGACCCCGGUCUUCACGAGUACAAUCAUGCCCUCGCUCGCAUUGACCAGUAUUACACUGGGCUAUUUGAUGGAAUGACAGAUGAGGCAGUCCGCGAAGAGAUUGAGUUACACCCCGCCCGAACCCUCACCCGCCUUCAAAAGUCAUUCGAUAUUCUCAAAACCAAAAGCCUGGCUGCUCCAGUUGCCGAAGGAAUCUUCAAAAGCGUGAUUGUUUCUCUUGUCAACUCAUCGGCCAAUCUGCUCUCGCCAGAUCAGGCUGUUCAGCUAGUCGGAUCCGCCCUGCCGUUGGUUAUUAAACACCCCACACCAUACCUGCGAGAAGUCGCAGAGCUUCUCGUCUCCCAAGAUGGCAUGUUCGAGCACCUGGUAGCAGAUGAGAAGCAUGUCUUUGUCAUGAAGGAAUGGCUGUUGUCAAAAAAGAAAAGCCUUGACUUGAGUGUCACCAUCAAAAUGUCUGAAAAACUCGUCAAUAUGUGCGAUGCGUGUUCAUCUGGCCACGGAGUUGGAUGCAUUUCUAAAGAGUGGAAAAAGGCUACAAAUCUCAUGGCUUCCUUGCAAGAUCUGCUCAACACCCUCAACAGCAAUAACAACUGUGUGUUGAAGGAAAAUCUUCCAUCGCUCGAUACAAUGAAGGUCCUCGACCGGGAUGACAAGAAGUCCAAUCAGGCCAAAAACACUCGGUCCGAGCGCAAGGUCAGUUUCAAUGUACCUGAGGCUGUUCAGGAAGAUUUGCAAUCUUUGGAAAUGCCCAAGGUGCACUCAACUAGUGCCGUGAUUCAUGCACUCGGUCAUCUCCGAACGGAGAUUGUUCCCAAACUGAUGCGUACCGCGCUGGAAAGCUUCCCAUGCAGAAUCUGCUUGGAGAAGUUGGACAAGUCCUCAACACACAUAUCAAAUCCCGUGAGUGAGGAACUUUACAACGAGAGACAGGAAGGUGUGGCUGUUGACCUAUUUGGAAAACCUGUGGGCCUGUGGAAGGUGUUACUCUCUGAUGAAGCUAUGAAGAGUGUGAAAAAGCUGGCACGUGCAGGUGACGUCUCUCGGGUGGGUCUCAGGCUUCGAGAGAUUGCCAGUGGCAAAUGGCAUGGUGCAGACUUGGACAAGCCUGCUGGCUCUAAGGAACAGAGGAAGCGCAUGCGAAUUCCAAUCAUGCGUGCGAAAGUGUCUACAUCGACCUGGAUCCUGUGGCAGAUUGAUGUGGGAUUCUAUGAUGAUGCUCCAUGGGUUGAGCAACAGAUUGCCAAAGUCUGGCAGAUCGCUACAUCCGAGGACGAAAUGGAAGUAGUCAUCGGUCAGAUCAUCGAAAUCCAAGGUUGCUACCAUGAAGAGACAGUUGAGAAGUGUUGUAACAUCCCGCCAAAGCAGACUGAUGAUACCUUCAUUCCUAAUCGCUACGGUCAUGCCAAGAAAAACGCUUCGAAGAUGAAGCCAAUAGGUGCAACGAGGAAGGCAGAUCACGCUUUGCUUGACAUGUCAAACAAGUCUUACAAUGUCACCGAGUCAUUGUUGAAGUCCAUCAUGCACCCCACAGGCCGUGAAGAAUUCCCGUUUGAACUUUCCCCAGAGGAAAUGGAGAUUGUCCGUCAUUUUGACACAUCCAGCCUCAUAUUGGGAAGGAGCGGUACGGGGAAAACAACGUGUCUUCUCUUCAAAAUCUUCGCCAAAUACAGGGCACGACAAGCUGCCCAUGGUGGAAAGAGUAUCCGACAAAUUCUUCUGACACGAUCACCACAUCUGGCUUCGAAGCUCCAAGCCUACUCAAGAAGCCUGAUAGAAACUCAAAACGAUGACCCAUCGCGGGAAAGUUCUUCUACAGAUCAGGAGCCAGACUCUUUCCUGUCUCUGAAAGAUCAGAACUUUCCCUUUGUUUGCACAUAUGAUGAGUUUCUGGGGCUACUUGAGAAGACGUUCAGGCGGGCAAAUCGUCAAGACUUUUUGGGUAACAAGCACGCGAAAAGGAACGGUGAAGCCAUUCUCGACAAGAAGCUUGAGGAGCGCAUUAUCGAUUUCGAUGGCUUCAAGACGGAGUACUGGAGCUGUCUUUCUGGCAUUGCGCCAUCGGGCUGCUCCCCGGAGCUUCUAUUCGCGGAGAUUAUGGGUGUCGUUAAAGGCUCCAGCAUAUCAGCAAGAACCCUCGUGCCCCUUACUCAUGUGGAGUAUCUCUCAAGAGGCUCAAAGGCUUCUCCAGCCUUUGCUACUGAAACCGACAGGGACAAAGUGUUUCAAACUUUCGAGCGCUACGAAAAGAUAAAGAGACAGCGCAAACAGCUUGAUGAACUUGAUCGAGUAAUUGCCUUGUUGCAAGCAUUGAAGGAAAGCCCAAAUCUGUCGAAGGUGAUCCGACAGUGCUUUGAAGAGAUCUAUGUGGACGAAAUACAAGAUCUCCGGUGCUUAGACAUUGUCCUGCUGUUGAGCUGUCUCUGUGAUGCGCGAGGAAUUCAUCUAGCCGGCGACACCGCCCAGUGUAUCUCAAAGGAUUCGGUCUUCCGUUUCCCUGAAAUAAAAGCACUCUUCUAUGACUAUUACGAGGCCAUCGCCACGGAGCUGAAUCAACCUUCAAUCGCCAAGCCGAAGCAAUUCAUGUUGGCUAAGAAUUAUCGCUCGCAUCAGGGCAUCUUGAGUUUUGCUUCUUGGGUAAUGCACCUCCUUUGGAAUGGUUUCCCCGAGACGAUCGACAAACUUGAUCCCGAAAUUGGCUUGACUGGAGGUCCAAAGCCUAUCAUCUUUGCUGGCUUUGAUUCUUCGAUUCUUUCGGCUAAGAUGAUCGGCUUGGUCAAGCUGAACGAUCAGGUGGCUGACUUCGGCGCUGAGCAAGUGAUUCUGGUCCGUGACGAGACUUCAAAGAACAAGCUGCAGUCCCAGAUCGGUGAAAUCGCGCUCGUCCUCACGAUCCUAGAGAGCAAGGGUAUGGAGUUCGACGAUGUCCUUGUUUACAACUUCUUCGGGGGACAUCUUUAUGUUGCAGCGACCAGGGCACGGAAACAGCUCUGGUUCAUGGAGACGAUUGAUAAUAGCAUCGACCCUAUUCUCCAGGCACUUUCUACGAGCGGCGAUGGUGAGCUUGCAGAGCUCGUGAGACAAAAAGAUGAGGAUGUAGGUUUGGUUUCAAUGCUUGUGUCCAAAAAAGCGAAGAAAGCAAAGAAAAUUUUGACUUACACACAAAAGGUUGCCGAGAAAGUACAGGUCUUGCGGGCGGGUGGUUCGGUCGACCCCGAGAGGUGGAUUAAACGAGCAGCCCAUCUCCUGCAUCAAAAAAAUUAUGCAGAUGCGUUGUUCUGUUACAAAAAGGCCAAUGACACUCGAGGCAUCGCCCAGUCACAGGCGUGGCUGCAUGAGCAGGAAGGCAGAUCUCGUCGCGCGGCUGGCGAUUCCGAAGGCUUCUCAGUAUCAUAUGAGAAGGCAAUUGCCCUCUUUCUCGAGACUGAGUUGCUAUCGGAAGCUGCCGAUUGCUUCCAGGGACUUGGAAGAUUCGACAAGGCUGCAGAGCUGUGGAAGAAUCAAGGACAGCUUCAAAAGGCUGCAGCUUUCUAUGAAAGAGGGGGUCACUACAGUGAGGCUUCAGAAUGUUUUCAUCUGAAUGGAGAAUCUGAGCAAGCUAUUGAGGUCCUUCGCCGAGGGGAGCAAUUUGAUGAAUUGAUCGAUUACAUCAAUCGAAACCGCAGUCGUCUGAGUUCCACAACUCUACAUCGCUACUCGAGGCUUUGCAACAUUCUUUUGAAGCAAGGCCGAAUUUCAUCUGACCUGAGAGCAGCUACCAUCAGGCUGCUCGGAUCUGAUGUGGACAAGCUAGCCUUUUUCAAGGAAUUCGAAAUGUACGAUCAACUGCGCUCUUUCUACAAUGAAAAGGGCAGAUGGUACGAGUACUAUGAAACCUCAGUGGCUGCCGGAGAUCUUCCUGCAGCAAUGGACACAAUGCUGUGCCACAAAUUGAUGCACGUCCUUGACAAAAAGACUGUCGAGACAAUCCUUCACUAUUCAAUGGUGGAGGUUCUUUUUGCGCAUUUUGGUAUCAUUGAAGGCAGGCCCGAGCUUGAACAAGACUUCCUGAAGCCCUUGCGAUCGACUCCGUUGGAAAACCCUACCGUUCAGUGGCUGACGAUUUUCGAAUUGGCCGACUCUCUCCAAAAUCAGCUUGCUCCAGCGACAAUGAAGACACUUCAUGAUGGUAUCUUGAAGGAUUUUUUCUGUCUCUUUGUUGUUUCUCACAAGAUUGAAACCGUCCUCCGAAAAUGGAAUGUCAUAAACCUGCCUUUUGACAUCUUGAUGCAUGCUACAAAGCUGCUCUAUGACCUGGAAUCCCGUGAUAAGGAUUCGUUAGCAUCUCUUUCGCUUCUUUGUGGGCUGUAUAAUCCCCCGAAGCAAGACGAUGUGUUGGUGAUGCUUCCUUGGUCCACAAUCAAGCCGGAAUCCGGUGCCGAUACUGUUGACCUUUCAACAGAAGGCCUGCUCAGCCGAGCUAAGGCUUGGAUUCGAGAAAGGUUUUCAGAGGCAAUAGCCCAUUACGAGUUUGCUGCCUCUACUAUCUUCAAGCACGAAUUCCCCAGGCGCUGCCCAUUCUUCAUCAUCAGAGGGGUUUGUGCUAAGCAACGCCAGGGAGAAUGUGACCUAUUCCAUGAAAGGGCGGGCUCUGAUACCUGCAUGGCGCGACUGCAGAGCAUUCUCAGCAUUGCUGAAGUCUACUCGAGGCUCUCCAACCUUUACUACUCACGAGUCAUGACAGAGUCCUUCCACAAGACAUUUUUGGGUCGCAGGAGACACUGGGUCCAGAUGUUGAUGAGCGAACUCAGUUUUGUCACCUCCCUGGAGCAGUCUACCACUACAAUCGCAAAGCUGCUGAGCAAGUUGAGAAACGGGACUGAGUUUGGCGCAACUCGAGCCUGCUUUGAGGAUCUUCUUUACCACCGUAUGGGGCGCGAUUGGCACGGCAUUCAGACUUUCACAGCGCUUUUGGAGCAGGUCCAUAUUUCUCGCCUCCUUGGUAAGGCCCUCUCUAUCAAUAUGAAUAUUGAAAGCAUACAGGCUCAGUUCUUCUCAUCAUCUCUAGGACCCGAGUGUGCUUGGCGUUAUUUCCGUGCCUUGGUCUCAAGGAUUAAUGGCAUUCUCUACCGCCAUCGGCACUCGACUCACCCUUUGAAGAUCUCCCUAGACGGUCUUUACUCCGCUGUGCGGCUUCGCCUGGCCAUUAUCGAGCAACAGCCUGUGGAUUUCAUUUGUCGAGUGAAAGAGUUCUGCUUAUGCAUGGACAUGAUUGACCGUACCUCUCUGGAACACCUGCAUUCCUUGUAUUCUGUGCUGGAACUCGCGUCGACGCAAAUGCUGUGCAUUGUCAAUCCCGCGAGUGCAUGUGUUAUUCCCUGGUCCUGGGUCUUACAGUACCUACCACUUAUCAUGAAGGCACCUGUGGCCCGAGAGAACACGCCAGACGAGGUACUUCGGGCCACUUACAUGGCCUGUGUCAGGGGGAUGGUUACCUCAAUCUGCAAGCUUGCUCAGACCGUUGAAUCAGCUGCCCUUGAGCACGCGAUUGAAUUCCAGGGCCUUGGUCGCAAAAGAAUAACGCCUUCCAUGGCUAAACGGCGCCUGUUUGACCUUUUGACAACGAUCGUGUUGAACUUGGCUCACCAUCCUAUUCGACCUCGGGGGCUGAACGAAAUUUGGGACCUCGUCCAUAAGACACUCGGAUAUGUAGCUCCGCCGGGGUUCUCGACGCCUGGAAGCCUGCAGAAACUCCGGGAUGUGGUCCUGCCCACGUAUGCCGCGUACAAUGGCAAGGAUAAACUGCACGUUAUCACAUUGGAUGACAGUGACAAGUGCCCUCCUUAUCUCCGAGCAUUCGUUACCCAAGCAGACCCGCGACUGAAGCUCAGCUUCGUCCUGGGCAUGGCGCAAUUUGAAGAAAACGAGCCGGUGACAAAGCUAGCGAAUGACACCUUCGAUAUGGAUGACUACUCUCGGUAUGAGAUUGAGAUAGUUGUGAAGCUCCAAAGCCGCUGGAGGCGCGUCAAGCUCGUCCUGGAAGAUAACCGUCGCAUGGAAGAAUCUCUGGAGGGACAACUCAUGCAUGCGCUUUUCAGUCUCUGCUCAACCAAAUUCGGCACCCUUCCUGGCUCUGCUCGUGUGCCUGCCAAAGAGAAAAUCCGUAUCCGCAAGCUUCUCUUCACGGAUGGCAUGAAUAUCAUGCUCGAUCUGGAGGCACUGAUUGCCAAUCUCCGUCUCGUCAACCAGCAGUGGAAGAUCCGAUUCGAUCUCUCGUUUCUCCAAACCAGUGAUAUCGAGGAGCUUGACAACAUCAAAAGUCGCAUGACAUCCAUUGAAGCCAAACUGAAAGAGCUCACACAAUUCUGGUCUCUUCAUGGCUUGAACUCCGUCGUCAUCCUCGUGUCCUCCAAAGUUCUUAGUGAGAAGGCCCGAGAGGCCCAUCGUAUUAUCUUGGUUCUGAAGCAUGACCUCGAGGCUAUUGAGGCUGAGGUUGAGCGUAUUAGCAGAGGUUGA